AGACGCUUCCCAACUUUAUCCUACGAAUCACUGAAAAAGUAGUAAUAAAAAAGUCCGCUUUACUCUUCUGCCUGAGAGCGAGAAUCAUGGAAACCACCGGCAGCACGACGAUGAAGGUGGUCACCGGAGACGCUGGUUACGUGCUUGAAGACGUUCCUCACUUGAGCGAUUACAUUCCUGAUCUCCCUGUACUUUCGUCCGACUCCGAUCGUCGUUUCUCUUUCUUCGCACUUAUGUUGAUGCAUUGACGAUUUUAUUAUGAAAUGUAGAAUUCGAUCGACUGAUGUAGAACUGCAUGCAGAUCUUGUUUUAUUCGAUUGAUUUGAUCGCUUUUGAAUCUAUGAAGAUGCAAAUGUUUCCUUUGAAUGUUUCUUUAGGAUUUAAUGUUUUUCUUUACUGUAUUGUAUUUCGGUUUUUUGUGGAUCAUUAAUGUGAUUGAAGAGAUCUGAUUAUUUUAUGGCUUUGAUUAUGAAUCGUGAUCAAUUAUCGAAACUAUUGACAUAAACAUAGACUACUUGCACUUUAUGUUUUAUCAAAUAUGUAUUGAAAAAUCAUUUCAUGGUGGUUGUUUGUUGGCAGACUUAUCCCAAUCCGUUACAAGAUAAUCCUGCUUAUUCAGUAGUCAAGCAGUAUUUUGUGGACAUGGAUGAUACUGUCCCACAGAAGGUUGUUGUUCACAAGGAUAGUCCAAGAGGGGUACACUUUCGACGUGCAGGACCUCGCCAGAAGGUGUAUUUUGAAUCAGAUGAAGUGCAUGCAUGUAUUGUAACAUGUGGUGGACUAUGUCCGGGACUCAACACAGUGAUCAGGGAAAUUGUGUGUGGCCUUUAUCACAUGUAUGGUGUUAGCAGAAUCCUUGGAAUAGAUGGAGGAUACAGGGGUUUUUAUGCCAAAAAUACUGUUACCUUAACACCCAAGGUUGUCAAUGAUAUUCAUAAACGCGGUGGUACGAUCCUUGGGACAUCAAGAGGAGGUCAUGACAAGUCAAAGAUAGUUGACAGCAUUCAAGAUCGUGGCAUCAAUCAGGUUUAUAUAAUUGGGGGUGAUGGAACUCAAAAGGGAGCUGCAGUUAUCUACGAGGAAAUUAGACGGCGUGGCCUCAAGGUUUCAGUUGUUGGGAUUCCCAAGACCAUUGAUAAUGACAUCCCGGUAAUCGACAAGUCUUUUGGCUUUGAUACUGCGGUUGAGGAGGCUCAACGUGCCAUUAAUGCAGCACAUGUUGAAGCUGAAAGCAUUGAGAAUGGAAUUGGACUUGUAAAGCUAAUGGGACGAUAUAGUGGAUUCAUUGCAAUGUAUGCUACCCUUGCCAGUCGAGAUGUUGAUUGUUGUUUGAUUCCAGAGUCACCUUUCUACCUUGAAGGAAAAGGUGGACUUUAUGAAUUUAUUGAAAAACGACUCAAAGAAAAUGGGCAUAUGGUUAUUGUUAUAGCUGAAGGAGCUGGACAGGAUCUUCUCUCAGAGAAUUUGCAGCCCCUGGACCAGAAAGAUGCUUCAGGAAAUAAACUUCUUCAAGAUGUUGGGUUGUGUAUUUCUCAGAAGAUCAAGGAUCAUUUUGCAAGACAGAAUAAGAUGAGCAUUAAUCUUAAAUAUAUAGAUCCUACAUACAUGAUCCGGGCUAUUCCUAGUAAUGCAUCUGAUAAUGUCAACUGCACUCUCCUUGCUCAAAGUGCGGUUCAUGGAGCAAUGGCUGGAUUUACGGGCCACACCGUUGGUCUUGUCAAUGGCAGACAUACUUAUAUUCCCUUCCAUCGGAUCAAUGAGAAGCAGAACAAAGUUGUGAUUACUGACAGGAUGUGGGCAAGAUUGCUAUCUUCAACCAACCAGCCAAGCUUCUUGGAUCCCAAGGAUAUUGAACAAGCUAAGAAAGCGAUAGAACCUGCAAAUGGUUUGUUGGAUGACGAACAAGCUAAGAAAGCAAAAGAACCUGCAAAUGGUUUGUUGGAUGACGAAUGUCCUGAAGACAAAUAAUGAUUUGACUUUUAAAGAAGUCAUCCUGUGACAUCAUUUUAGCUAUGUUUUUCUUUAAAGCCUGUGAAAAUGGGAUUUUAGGUUCUAGCUACCUUAAAUAUUAUAAACCGUCAAUACUCAUUGAAUAGCUACCUCUGGCAUUUUCUUUUUCAGUAGGAAAAUUCUGCUGCUUCUGUUGCUCAACGAUCCUCUUAGGGAUCCAUGGAAUUUGAAUAUCUACUUUUUAGUUAUCCGUAUGCUUGCACUCCUCAUUUUAUAGAGGCUUUAAUAGUUUCUAU